CAACAGGACAGUAUGGCCACCACUGUUGCUGUCAGUCCCAGCGAGUAUCUCCAGCCCUCUGCCACUUCCUCUCAAGUGAGUCACAGCCAGACUACUUCCUGCUUGUCCUCGGUAGUUCUCGGAUGUGUAAAUAUCACCCAGUGGUGUCUUAAAAGUAACCAUGGGGUUCAUUAUUUGACCUUAGUUUGAAUACUGAGUCCAGCAACGCCAUCCUAUUGUGAAUCAUGAAGUUUGUAGUUUAUGUAUUUUAUUGGUAGCCUAUGGUGAGAUGUAGCUUAACCUCCUGUAUGUAAACUGUGUUCCACCUAGGGCUGGGUGAAAAUCAUGAUAUACAUCUCUUUUUUUAUUUUGUACUUCUUUUUUGAAUUUUUCUCUAAGCUUUGCUGCACAAGAGUCAUUCCACUUCAAAAAGGAUUUCGACAACACCAUCUCAGAUUGUUCAGAAAUCAUUUCUGUAGUUAGAAACGGAUAAGAUUAGCAUUCCUGAAAUCUUUAAAAAAUAUAUAAUUUGAUAUCUGAGAAAUUAAGCUAAUUGAUUGCACCCAAAUUGGCCAUUUUAAUUUAUAGGAUUCAUAUAAUCUUCAAUAAUUAUAGUACCUAACAUCUGAUUUGGACCAUCAUUCUUCCUAACAAUGAGUAAGACAUGAGGAAUCCAAUAAAAUGAUCAAAAGUCACCCACGGACCCCCCACACCCCAAGCCCAACCCAACAACCAGUAUACAAUAUCAGUUCUCUAUCUCUGACAAGUAGUAUGGAGCUGCUGCUUGGAGUAUUGUUUCUUCAACGUUUCUAAUAUAUUCCCUGUGAAUCUGGUGAUGUUUUUUUCCGAUGUUCAGAGAAAUUAGCCAAUGAAGUCGCUUACAUUCUUGACCAUAAAUGAGUGUGAAAGUACCACGUUUUUCGCUGUUCCUGCUACCACACCCUUUUAUCAAUUUUGCUGGUCUCUUGUGUUUAUUAAAUGCAUCAACAUUUUCUUUGCAAGUUUGGGUAGAAAACCAACAGCUUUUGCUCAUGAUGAAAAUAAAUAGUGUGGUCAAGCUAGACCUCCAUGAAAGCAAUUCAGUGUGACCUUCUCUUAGCAACCUAAUGUUUCAACCCAACUCUCCUUGAAUAGUCCAAAAGAUUGCAGCUCUCUGAGAGGGCUGUCUGUAUGGUGAAGACUUUUCUACAAGCCGUAAACUUUGAUUGGAGAAAUGUGCUAAAUGUUGUGACAACCCUAAUAAAAUUAUAAACAUUGCAUGGCAGUCGUAUGUUUUUAAAAAUAAAAUAAUUAGAAAACAUCUCUAUGUAGUGUGAUUAGUGACAUUUACCAUUAAACCCAACCCAAUACCAUUACAAAACACUAUACAGUGUGUGUUUGGGAGUUUUGUUAUUGGAUACCAUAGCAUUGAAACCAUUAGAACUGCUGUAGCCUAAUGGUUUGCUUGUUCGCCAAUCACCAGGAAUGGACUAACUAAUCCAGACCUUUUUUAAGGGAAUAAACCAGACACAGCGGGGCUGUUUCCUGGACACAAAUUAAGCCUAAGAGAAGGAAAAACUGAAUUGCUUUCAUGGAGGACUAGCUUGAAUUGUGAGGAUGACUGCACAAUUUAUUUUUAUCAUGAGCAAUAGCUAUUGGUUUUCUACCCAAAGUUGCAAAAACAAUUUUGUGAUCCAUUUAAUGAACACGAGACCAACAUGGAUAAAGGGUGGGGUGGCAGUAGCAUCUAGUGGGCAAAACUGGGUACUUUCACAUUAAUUUAUGGUAAAGGACGCAAGCGACUUCAAUGCCUAAUUUCUCAGAAUGUGGGGGGGAGACAUCACCAGAUUCACCAGGAAUACAUUACAAAGGAUGAAGAAGCAAUACUCCAAGCAGCAGUUCCAUACUACUGUCAGACAGAGAACUGAUACUGGUUGGGGUGGGAUUAGUGUGGGAGAUCCGUGGGUGGCUUUUGAUCAUUUUAUUAGAUUCCUCAUGUCUUGCUCAUUGUUAGCAGACUUAUGGUCCAAAUAGGAUGUUAGGUACUAUAUUCAUUGAAUAUGAUAUGAAUCCUAUACAUUUUAAAUUGCCAAUUUGGGUGCAAUCAAUUAGCUUAAUUUCUCAGAUCAAAUUAUAUUUCAACAAAAUAAUGUUUCAGGAAUGCCAAUCAUAUCUGUUUCUAACUACAGAAACGAUUUCAGAACAAUCUGAGAUGGUGUGUGUCAUGGCUUGCUGAAAUGACAUGGAAUGACUCACAAUUAAAGGUCAAUGCACUGCAUUUCAAACAGUCAGGAAUAAUCUAAUGAAUUCAAGGCUUGUAAAAGAAUACCUAGGCUAAAUAUAAGCCUUCUACCUCCAUAAGACCCACUCAUUUAAUCAAAAUAGUUUAACCUGCUUUUUUGUAAUCACUGAUCUGGCUUUCAAGUCUGUCUAUGAAAAUGCCCUUUUUUGUAUAAAAAAAUUACUAGAACCAUGCACAAUGCAAGGGAAAUUGACCGAUUCUGUUGGACCAAACCUCAAAUGCAAAUAGCAAGUUGAAAUUGGUUGUUGUCAGAGAGGGAGAAGUGAUCUUGUUGUGAGUGGCAGGGGGAGGGGCAUGGUGUCUGUGCGAGGGGGAAGGUGCACACAGCACAGGAGUGAAGGAGACAAGACCAAAAAGACACAAACGCUCAUAAAAACGGAAACAAAUCCAACAUAGAUUCUUGUGAUACAGGCAUUUGGAACAUCGCGCUAAAACAUGAAUUCUAAUUAAUCUAAUUUGAUAUAUCGCCCAGCUUUAGUUGCACCCCAAUACAAUUCCAUCCCUGGUUCAAAAAAAAGGAAAAAGAAAUGUUAUUUGUCACAUGCGUCGACUACAACAGGUGCAUCUUACCGUGAAAUGCUUACUUACAAGCCCUUAACCAUCAAUUUAGUUUAAAGAAAAAUAAGAGUUAAGAAAAUAUUUACUAAAUAAACUAAAGUAAAAAAAUUAAAAGAGCAACAAAAUAACAAUAAGGCUAUAUACAGGGGGUACUGGUACCGAGUCAAUGUGCGGGGGUACUGGUUAGUAGAGAUAAUUGAGGUAAUAUGUACAUGUAGGUAGGGGUAAAGUGACUAUGCAUAGAUGAUAAUAAACAGCAAGUAGCAGCAGCGUAAAAGGGGGGGUCAAUGCAAAUAGUCCAGGUAGCCAUUUGAUUAGCUGUUCAGCAGUCUUGAGGGUAGAAGCUGUUAAGAAGCCUUUUGGACCUAGACUUGGCGCUCUGGUACCGCUUGCCAUGCGGUAGCAGAGAGAACAGUCUAUGACUAGGGUGGCUGGAGUCUUUGGCCAUUUUAGGGCCUUCCUCCGACACCUACUGGUAUAGAGGUCCUGGAUGACAGGAAGCUUGGCCCCUGUGAUGUACUAGGCCAUACGCACUACCCUCUGUAGCGCCUUGCGGUCGGAGGCCGAGCUGUUGCCAUACCAGGCGUGAUGCAACCAGUCAGGAUGCUCUCGAUGGUGCUGCUCUAUAACCUUUUGAGGAUCUGAGGACCCAUGCCAAAUCUUUUCAGUCUCCUGAGGGGGAAUAGGCAUUGUCAUGCCCUCUUCACGACUGUCUUGGUGUGUUUGGACCAUGAUAGUUUGUUGGUGAUGUGGACACCAAGGAACUUGAAGCUCUCAACCUGCUCCACUACAGCCCCGUCGAUGAGAAUGGGGGCGUGCUCGGCCCUCCUUUUCCUGUAGUCCACAAUCAUCUCCUUUUGUCUUGAUUACGUUGAGGGAUAGGUUGUUGUUCUGGCACCACACUGCCAGGUCUUUGACCUCCUCCCUAUAGGCUGUCUCAUCGUUGUUAGUGAUCAGGCCUACCACCGUUGUGUCGUCCGCAAACUUAAUGAUGGUGUUGGAGUCAUGCUUGGCCACGCAGUCGUGGGUGUACAGGGAGUACAGGAGGGGACUAAGCACGCACCCCUGAGGGGCCCCCGUGUUGAGGAUCAGUGUGGCAGAUGUGUUGUUGCCUACCCUUACCAACUGGGGGCGGCCCAUCAGGAAGUCCAGGAUCCAGUUGCAGAGGGAGGAGUUUAGUCCCAGGGUCUUUAGCUUAGUGAUGAGCUUUGAGGGAACUAUGGUGUUGAACGCUGAGCUGUAGUCAAUGAACAGCAUUCUCACGUAGGUGUUCCUUUUGUCCAGGUGGGAAAGGGCAGUGUGGAGUGCAAUAGAAUUGGAACAGCUGGUGUUCUCAUGCAGGCUCGUGUCAAUUGGCAGCUCACAGCUGGGCUUCACUUUGUAGUCCGUAAUAGUUUGAAAGCCCUGCCACGUCCGACAAGCGUCAGAGCCGGCUUAGUACGAUUCAAUCUUAGUCCUGUAUUGACGCUUUGCCUGUUGAUGGUUUGUCGGAGGGCAUAGCGGGAUUUCUUAUAAGCGUCCGGGUUAGAGUCAAUGGUUUGUCGGAGGGCAUAGCAGGAUUUCAUAUAAGCGUCCGGGUUAGAGUCCCGCUCCUUUUAAAGCGGUAGCUCUACCCUUUAGCUCAGUGCGGAUGUUGCCUGUAAUCCAUGGAAUCAGGAGGAUAUAAUUAUGAUCAGAUUUUCCAAAUGGAGGGCGAGGGAGAGUUUUGUGCACGUCUCUGUGUGUGGAGUAAAGGUGGUCUAGAGUAUUUUUUUCCUUUGGUUGCACAUGUAACAUGCUGGUAGAAAUCAGUUUCUCUGCAUUAAAGUCCCCGGGCACUAGGAGCGCCGCCUCUGGAUGAGCAUUUUCUUGUGUGCUUAUGGCCUUAUACAGCUCGUUGAUUGCGGUCUUAGUACCAGCAUUUGUUUGUGGUGGUAAAUAGACAUCUACGAAAAAUUGGUAUAUAGUGUGGUCUACAGCUUAUAAUGAGAUACUCUACCUCAGGCGAGCAAAACCUUGAGACUUCCUUAAUAUUAGAUUUCACGCACCAGCUGUUAUUGACAAAUGGACACAGACCACCACCCCUUGUCUUACCGGAGGCAGCUGUUCUGUCUUGCCGAUGCACGGAAAACCCAGCCAACUGUAUAUUAUCCAUGUCGUCGUUCAGCCGUUGGCUAGGUUCAGCCACAACUAGGUGAAACAUAAGAUAUUACAGUUUUUAAUGUCCCGUUGGUAGGAUAGUCUUGAACGGAGCUCAUGCAGUUUAUUCUCCAAUUAUUACACGUUGGCCAAUAGGACGGCUGGUAGAGGCAAGUUACCCACUCGCCAACAAAUUCUCACAAGGCACCUGGACCUGCGUCCCCUGUAUCGGUGUCUCCUCUUCAUGCGAAUGACGGGGAUUUGGGCCUGGUCCGGUAUCAGCAGUAAAUAAUUUGUGUCUGACUCGUUCCCCCCCCCCCUAACCAUUUGUCUCGCUCUCUCUGGUCCUGUCUACAGGACUCCCAGCCCUCCCCACUGGCCCUCCUGGCCGCCACCUGCAGUAAGAUCGGCCCCCCUGCCGCUCAGGCCCCCGUCAGUGCCCCUCCUGCCCAACCCCAACCUCGGCGUCUCCUCCCCAUCAAGCCCGCCCCCAUCGCCCCCGCCCCUCCCAAAAACCUGGGCUUCCUGUCCGCUAAAGGAAAUGUGAUCCAGCUGCCAGCGGGCCUGGGCUCCAAUAGCCCCGGCAGCCCCAUCGUCCUCACCAUCCAGCAGAGCCCUGGCCGCUCGAAUCAAACAUCCAACAUCCAGUACCAGGUGGUGCCGCAGCUGGGAGGCACACAGACCAUCCAGAUGAUGCAGCAGGGUGGACAGAUCCAGCUCAUCCCGGGUACCAACCAGGCCAUCAUCACCACGCCCAUGACGGUCCCCCAGCCGCAGCCCGCUGCCGCGCCCAUCACCCCGCAGAAGACGGUGGCCAUCAAGCCGUCCCCCAGGGGGCGGAAACCAAAUGCAGCCAACGUGGUGCGGCUGCCCAGCGGGCUCACGCUGCCCCUCAACGUAGCCACCGGAGAGGAGCCAGCGGCAGCUCCUCCCCCGCCAACGAAGGGCAGACGAGGCAGGAAGAAGCUGGUGGCAGCAGCCCCUCCACCACAGCCCACCUCCCCGCCCCCCGAGCAGAUGGAGACGAUAUUGAUAGAGGCCGGGGAGAAUAUUAUUCAGGUAUAUUUGUUGUUCUGCUGCAUUUGGUGUGGGGUCAACCAUGACUUGUUGACUAGUUCACUUGCUUGAGUGGGCUACGAAUGGGUACUAAUUACUAAAUGUGUCUACAAUGCUUGUGAGUGUGUAAAUGAGUAAUGUUUUCAUCUGUAUUUCUCAAACUCAAAAUGCUAUGCUUUACAUGAGGGUUAGCCUACUCUAUCACCCCUUCAACCUCCAAUAUUGGGGUCCCUGUAUGAGUAAGUGUUGGACAGAUUUAGGGCUGUGUCUCAUUGCUGCUGUCUCGGCGUUCUCCCCAGGCGGGUAACCAGCUCCUGAUCGUGCAGAACACCGGGUCAGGCCAGCAGCAGCUGGUGCAGCUGGUGCAGCAGAAACAGGAGCAGCAGGUGGUCCAGAUCCCCCAGCAGGCCCUGAAGGUGGUGCAGGCUGCCUCCGCCACCCUGCCCCAGGUCCCCCAGAGACAGCCUGCAGCCAACCUGCAGCCAGAGCCCACUCAGGUACACACACAGGUUGUUAGAGAUCAUCAAUUUAGCUCUCUCAGCAAACUGACAGAUCUAGAGUAGUACGUUUGGAUGUGAGGUGAUUUGUAGAUGAGUCAGUCUGAAGUUUCCAAUGUAGUCAUGCACACAAGGCCACAUACAAAAAGCUCCUAUAGGUGCUGCAUGCACACCACCUCUCUACACUCACUACAAGCUACCCACUUGAAAUGUAAUGAAACCAUAAGUGGAAGUGGGCCUUUAAUACAGAUGUGUCCUAAUCUGACAGACUUGUUCCGUGUUAGUCUGACACCCCUGUGCUCCUCUCAGCUCCUGAUCAAAACGGCAUCGGGCGAAUGGCAGACUGUGCAGCUCCAGGAAACCACCGUUUCCACGGCAACAACGCCCUCCAGCAUGGUCACCACCACCCUGUCGUCCGUGGGGGCCACCAAGCGAACACUGGCGGGGGGCAGGAAGGAGAGGACCCUACCAAAAAUAGCACCGGCGGGGGGAAUGAUAGCGCUAAACGCAGCCCAGCUCUCCUCGGCGGGCCAGGCCGUGCAGACUAUAAACAUCAACGGGGUCCAGGUGCAAGGAGUGCCCGUCACCAUCACCAACGCAGGAGGUAUGCAUGUAUGUGUGUGUAUAUAUGUAUGUACUGUGUGUUCGUGAAAAAAAUAUAGAAAGUGGUAGUCCGUAUCCAAAUCCACAAGUGCAUAUCCGUAUCCUCUCUAUUUUCAUACUGUGUUCCUUUAAAAACAAUAUGCAUUCCAAUUGACUUUUAGCAAGCUAAUGGAGGCCUGCAUGUGUGUGUCAGUGGUCAUGUGGUAGUAUGUAUGUGUGGAUUGGGGUGUGCAUGUUGGUGUAAAGGAUUUGUGUGUGUGUAUAUAUAUGUACUGUGUGUGUGUGUGUGUGUGUGUGUGUAUAUAUAUAUCAGGUGCAGCUCAAUAAAUUAGAAUAUUGUGGAAAAGUUCAAUAUUGUAGACUCAAGGUGUCACACUAAUCAGCUAACUAACUCAAAACACCUGCAAAGGUUUCCUCAGCCUUUAAAUGGUCUCUCAUUCCAGUUCAGUAGGCUUCACAAUCAUGGGGAAGACUGCUGACUUGACAGUUGUGCAGAAGACAGUCAUCAACACCCUCCACAAGGAGGGAAAGCCUCAAAAGAUCAUUGCUAAAGAAGCUGGCUGUUCACAGAGUGCUGUAUCACAGAGUUUCCAUAUUCAUGGAAAGUCGAGUGGAAGGAAGAAGUGUGGUAGGAAAAGGUGCACAAGCAACAGGGAUAACCGGAGCCUUGAGAGGAUUGUCAAGCAAAGGCCAUUCAAAAAUGUGGGGGAGCUUCACAAGGAGUGGACUGAGGCAGGAGUCAGUGCAUCAAGAGCCACCACGCACAGACGUAUCCAGGAAAUGGGCUACAACUGUCGCAUUCCUCGUGUCAAGCCACUCCUGAACCAGAGGCAACGUCAGAAGCAUCUUAUCUGGGCUAAGGAGAAAAAUAACUGGUCUGUCGCUCAGUGGUCCAAAGUCCUCUUUUCAGAUGAAAGUACAUUUUGCAUUUCAUUUGGCAAUCAAGGUCUCAGAGUCUGGAGGAAGAGUGGAGAGGCACAGAAUCCAAGUUGCUUGAAGUCCAGUGUGAAGUUUCCACAGUCAGUGAUGAUUUGGGAACCAUGUCAUCUUCUGGUGUUGGUCCACUGUGUUUCAUCAAGUCCAAAGUCAACUCAGCCGUCUACCAGGAAAUGUUAGAGCACUUCAUGCUUCCUUCUGCUGACAAGCUUUAUGGAGAUGCUGAUUUCAUUUUCCAGCAGGACUUGGCACCUGCCCACACUGCCAAAGGUACCAAUACCUGGUUCAAUGACCAUGGGAUUACUGUGCUUGAUUGGCCUGAUCUGAACCCCAUAGAGAAUUUAUGGGGUAUUGUCAAGAGGAAGAUGAGACACGAGACCCAACAAUGCAGACGAGCUGAAGGCCGCUAUCGAAGCAACCUGGGCUUCCAUAACACCUCAGCAGUGCCACAGGCUGAUCGACUCCAUGCCACGCCGCAUAGAUGCAGUGAUUCAUGCAAAAGGAGCCCCAACCAAGUACUGACUGCAUGUACAAGAACAUACUUUUCAGAAGUCUGACAUGUCUGUAUUACAUUUCUUAUGUCAUAUUCUAAUUUUCUGAGAUACUGAAUUUGGGGUUUUCAUGAGCUGUAAGCCGUAAUCAUCAAGAUUAAAACAAAUACAGGCUUGAACUAUUUCACUUUUUGUGUAAUUAAUCCACGAUAUGAGUUUCACUUUGUCAAUUGAAUUAUUGAAAUUACUUAACUUUUCCACAAUAUUCUAAUUUAUUGAGCUGCACCUGUGGGUGUUCAAGUACAGUAUAUGUUAAAGUUUCUCUACUGUUCUUUCAGGCCAGCAGCACCUGACAGUGCAGACGGUACAGGGCGGGACCCUCCAGCUGGGCGGGGUGACCUCCCAGGGCCACCAGGUGCAGAUGGAGCAGACUCUGGGUCUGGAGCUGCAGGGUCAGCCUGGGGAGAAGAAGCGCCGCAUGGCCUGCACCUGCCCCAACUGUAAGGACUCAGAGAAGAGGCAAGUGGCUCUUACUAGCAAACUAGAGCCAGGCCUGAGCACCUGGUGGAAAAAAGCAUGAUACACAGUAUAAACCCAUAUUUUGUUUUACCAAUAUAGAAAGUCUUGGUUGACGCAAACUGAUACCUGUAUGGGAAAAGUGUACCCUCUUGUGAGAUUGGGGCAGGGAAACAACCACGAUUGCUAACAACUACUUUCCAUCCUCCUGCUAUUAAUAUGUGCUCGUCAAACAUCUCAUUCCAAAAUCAUGGGCAUUAAUUUUGGAGUUAGUCCCCCCCCUUUUCUGAUAUAACAGCCUCCACUCUUCUCGGAAGGCUUUCCACUAGAUGUUGGAACAUUGCUGCUGGGACUUGCUUCCAUUCAGCCACGAGCAUUAGUGAGGUCGGGCACUGAUGUUGGGCGAUUAGGCCUGGCUCGCAGUCGGCAUUCCAAUUAAUCCCAAAGGUGUUCGAUGGGGUUGAGGUCAGGGCUCUGUGCAGUCCAGUUCUUCCACACCGAUCUCGACAAACUAUUUCUGUAUGGACCUCGCUUUGUGCACGGGGGCAUUGUCAUGCUGAAACAGGAAAGGUCCUUCCCCAAACUGUUGCCACAAAGUUGGAAGCACAGAAUCGUCUAGAAUGUCAUUGUAUGCUGUAGCGUUAAGAUUUCCCUUCACUGGAACUAAGGGGCUUAACCCGAACCAUGAAAAACAGCCCCAGACCAUUAUUCCUCUUCCACCAAACUUUACUGUUGGCACUAUGUACUGGGGCAGGUAGCGUUCUCCUGGCAUCCACCAAACCCAGAUUAGUCUGUUGGACUGCCAGAUGGUGAAGCAUGAUUUAUCACUCCAGAGAACGUGUUUCCACUGCUCCAGAGUCCAAUGGCAGCGAGCUUUACACCACUCCAGCCGACACUUGGCAUUGCGCAUGAUGAUCUUAGGCUUGUGUGUGGUUGCUCGGCCAUGUAAACCCAUUUCAUGAAGCUCCCGACGAACAGUUCUUGUGCUGACGUUGCUUCCAGGGGCAGUUUGGAACUCGGUAGUGAGUGUGGCAACCGAAGACAGAUGAUUUUUAUGCGCUUCAGCAUUCGGCGGUCCCGUUCUGUGAGCUUGUGUGGCCUACCACUUUGCAGCUGAGCUGUUGUUGCUCCUAGACGUUUGCACUUCACAAUAACAGCACUUACAGUUGAGACACUUGCACUUCACAAUAACAUCACUUACAGUUGACCGGGGCAGCUCUAGCAGGGCAGAAAUUUGACGAACUGACUUGUUGGAAAGGUGGCAUCCUAUGACGGUGGCACGUUGAAAGUCACUGAGCUCUUCAGUAAGGCUAUUCUACUGCCAAUUGUUGUCUAUGGAGAUUGCAUGGCUGUGUGCUCGAUUUUAUACACCUGUCAGCAACGGGUGUAGCUGAAAUAGACUAAUUCACUCAUUUGAAGGGGUGUCCACAUACUUUUGUAUAUACACUGCUCAAAAAAAUAAAGGGAACACUAAAAUAACACUUCCUAGAUCUGAAUGAAUGAAAUAAUCUUAGUAAAUACUUUUUUCUUUACAUAGUUGAAUGUGCUGACAACUAAAUCACACAAAAAUUAUCAAUGGAAAUCAAAUUUAUCAACCCAUGGAGGUCUGGAUUUGGAGUCACCCUCAAAAUGAAAGUGGAAAACCACACUACAGGCUGAUCCAACUUUGAUGUAAUGUCCUUAAAACAAGUCAAAAUGAGGCUCAGUAGUGUGUGUGGCCUCCACGUGCCUGUAUGACCUCCCUACAACGCCUGGGCAUGCUCCUGAUGAGGUGGUGGAUGGUCUCCUGAGGGAUCUCCUCCCAGACCUGGACUAAAGCAUCUGCCAACUCCUGGACAGUCUGUGGUGCAACGUGGCGUUGGUGGGUGGAGCGAGACAUGAUGUCCCAGAUGUGCUCAAUUGGAUUCAGGUCUGGGGAACGGGUGGGCCAGUCCAUAGCAUCAAUGCCUUCCUCUUGCAGGAACUGCUGACACACUCCAGCCACAUGAGGUCUAGCAUUGUCUUGCAUUAGGAGGAACCCAGGGCCAACCGCACCAGCAUAUGGUCUCACAAGGGGUCUGAGGAUCUCAUCUCGGUACCUAAUGGCAGUCAGGCUACCUCUGGCGAGCACAUGGAGGGCUGUGCGGCCCCCCAAAGAAAUGCCACCCCACACCAUGACUGACCCACCACUAAACCGGUCAUGCUUGAGGAUGUUGCAGGCAGCAGAACGUUCUUCACGGUGUCUCCAGACUCUGUCACGUGUGCUCAGUGUGAACCUGCUUUCAUCUGUGAAGAGCACAGGGCGCCAGUGGCGAAUUUGCCAAUCUUGGUGUUCUCUGGCAAAUGCCAAACGUCCUGCACGGUGUUGGGCUGUAAGCACAACCCCCACCUGUGGACGUCGGGCCCUCAUACCACCCUCAUGGAGUCUGUUUCUGACCGUUUGAGCAGACACAUGCACAUUUGUGGCCUGCUGGAGGUCAUUUUGCAGGGCUCUGGCAGUGCUCCUCCUUGCACAAAGGCGGAGGUAGCGGUCCUGCUGCUGGGUUGUUGCCCUCCUACGGCCUCCUCCACGUCUCCUGAUGUACUGGCCUGUCUCCUGGUAGCGCCUCCAUGCUCUGGACACUACGCUGACAGACACAGCAAACCUUCUUGCCACAGCUCGCAUUGAUGUGCCAUCCUGGAUGAGCUGCACUACCUGAGCCACUUGUGUGGGUUGUAGACUCCGUCUCAUGCUACCACUAGAGUGAAAGCACCGCCAGCAUUCAAAAGUGACCAAAACAUCAGCCAGGAAGCAUAGGAACUGAGAAGUGGUCUGUGGUCACCACCUGCAAAACCAGGCCUUUAUUGGGGGUGUCUUGCUAAUUGCCUAUAAUUUCCACCUGUUGUCUAUUCCAUUUGCACAACAGCAUGUGAAAUGUAUUGUCAAUCAGUGUUGCUUCCUAAGUGGACAGUUUGAUUUCACAGAAGUGUGAUUGACUUGGAGUUACAUUGUGUUGUUUAAGUGUUCCCUUAUUUUUUUGAGCAGUGUAUAUUGUUGUUAAGUUUGUGUUUUCUGUGUUGUGCAGGCCCGGCGAGGUGGGGAAGAGGAAGCACAUCUGUCACAUCCCGGGCUGCGAGAAGACGUUCCGGAAAACGUCCCUCCUCCGGGCCCACGUGCGCCUGCACACCGGCGAGCGGCCCUUCGUCUGCAACUGGGUCUUCUGUGGCAAACGCUUCACGCGCAGUGACGAGCUGCAGCGGCACGCCAGGACACAUACAGGUCCGUCCCCCCUCAGGAGACACACUGAUACACACUGUAGUAUGAAUGUAGGUCAGUCUGCAACACACAGUGGGUCAUGUUCAGUAAGGAACACCGUAGCAAAACAUUUUGCAAUGGAUAGUGACAAUCGUGGUUUUUUUUUUUGUUUAAAAAAAAAAGUCAUUUAGCAGACGCUCUUAUCCAGAGCGACUUACAGGAGCAAUUAGGGUUAAGUGCCUUGCUCAAGGGCACCGACAACAUUUUUCACCUAGUCGGCUCGGGGAUUAGAACCAGUGAACUUUCGGUUACUGGCACAACGCUCUUAACCACUAAGCUACCUGCCGCCUGUGUUCUUAUUGGACCAGUUCAGAUAGUACCUCCCCUGUUUUCAAAAUGUUUUCCACCUACUGAACACAACCCAGGACACACACACAGGAGGUACGUACACAGCAAGGUUAGCACAAGUCAGUCGACAGUGCGCCAUAUGCCAACUCAUGCAAUACACCAUUGUGUUCACCACUGUCAGGACUCACGGAGAUGAUGCACAUGUUAGUUUUGCAGAAUUUGCCAGGACUCAGGCAGACACUCAGAUCUGCAGCAGAGAAGAAUGGUAUUGCUCUGUCAUAGUUUUGUGUUGUGCAGGAAAAUUAAACCACUCAUUUAUUCUGUCUUCUCCUUGCAGGAGACAAGCGCUUCGAGUGCAACCAGUGUCAGAAACGGUUCAUGAGGAGCGACCACCUCACGAAGCAUUUCAAAACACACAUGAACACCAAGAACUUGUGA